ACUGCACCAGAGAUCUUCCUUGGAAGAUUGCUGUCGUCACACCAUUUAAGCGAAGUUGGGACUGUCAUUGUCAUACGACUUUGAGGUGUGGCGUAAGUGGUUGAAAUUUUGACUGUAGUUCGCGUUUGACAGUCGUUCUCUGUUUGUGAUCCCACAAAGCAGAUAUGCAGAUCUUUGUAAAGACAUUAACAGGGAAGACAAUAACACUUGAAGUUGAACCUUCAGAUACAAUAGAAAAUGUUAAAGCAAAGAUUCAAGACAAAGAAGGAAUUCCACCUGAUCAGCAACGUUUGAUAUUUGCUGGUAAACAGCUGGAAGAUGGCCGCACUUUGUCAGAUUACAACAUACAAAAAGAAUCAACACUUCACUUGGUUCUCCGUCUCAGGGGUGGGAUGCAAAUAUUUGUCAAAACUUUGACUGGCAAAACAAUAACAUUGGAAGUUGAGCCUUCGGACACAAUAGAAAAUGUGAAGGCAAAAAUUCAGGAUAAAGAAGGCAUUCCACCAGACCAGCAGAGGCUAAUUUUUGCAGGAAAACAGUUGGAAGAUGGACGGACACUGUCAGAUUACAAUAUUCAAAAAGAAUCUACAUUGCAUCUAGUGUUACGUCUUAGAGGCGGCAUGCAGAUUUUUGUAAAAACUCUAACUGGGAAAACAAUAACAUUGGAAGUGGAGCCAUCAGACACAAUUGAAAAUGUAAAAGCAAAAAUUCAAGACAAGGAAGGGAUUCCACCAGACCAACAGAGAUUGAUCUUUGCUGGGAAACAGCUUGAAGAUGGAAGAACUCUCUCAGAUUACAACAUACAGAAAGAAUCUACAUUGCAUCUAGUGUUACGUCUUAGAGGAGGCAUGCAGAUUUUUGUAAAAACUCUGACUGGGAAAACAAUAACAUUGGAAGUGGAGCCAUCAGACACAAUUGAAAAUGUAAAAGCAAAAAUUCAAGACAAGGAAGGGAUUCCACCAGACCAACAGAGAUUGAUCUUUGCUGGGAAACAGCUUGAAGAUGGAAGAACUCUCUCAGAUUACAACAUACAAAAAGAAUCAACUUUACAUCUGGUGUUGCGUCUCCGUGGUGGUAUGCAAAUUUUUGUAAAAACUCUCACUGGCAAAACAAUAACUCUAGAAGUGGAGCCAUCAGAUACCAUUGAAAAUGUAAAGGCAAAAAUUCAGGAUAAAGAAGGGAUCCCACCAGAUCAGCAAAGACUCAUCUUUGCAGGGAAACAACUAGAAGAUGGUCGUACCCUCUCAGAUUACAACAUCCAGAAAGAAUCAACAUUGCACUUGGUGCUCAGAUUGCGUGGUGGUAUGCAAAUUUUUGUCAAGACAUUAACAGGUAAGACAAUAACAUUGGAAGUGGAGCCGUCAGAUACUAUUGAAAACGUGAAGGCCAAGAUCCAAGACAAAGAAGGUAUUCCACCAGACCAACAGAGGCUUAUUUUUGCUGGUAAACAAUUAGAAGAUGGGCGUACUUUAUCUGAUUACAAUAUUCAGAAAGAGUCCACUUUACAUUUGGUUCUGAGGCUUCGCGGUGGUUGCAGUGUCUGAAAGUUUAUGGGCUUCAGAUAUGAGUGACAUUUUUGUUCCAUUGUGAAAUGUAUAAAAUGAGCAUAAUGAGUAUUUUGUGAAAAUUACUAGUCACUGUGAUAGUUAUUAGUUAUUUAAGUUUGACAUAAUAUAAAGCUUUGAAUUGAAGUGUAGUUUGUGAAAAAACUCAAUUGUUAGCUGUAAAAGUGUUAAUUGUUCUGAAUAAAUGGUAUAUAAGUUUUAA